CUGGGGAUGCUGGCAGGUGAGCUGCGUUGACGUGGAAGGAGUCGGCGAGACGCCUCUGAGCGCCUCGAAAGCGAGAAAUAUCAAGAAUAUUAAUUUGGGUCUUUCCUGGCUGCUUUGGAGGAUCACUGGCUGUGAGAAGAGAAAUGACCUAAACUAACUUUCAGCCUUUGAGGCCAAGGGCCGGAAGGAGGGCGAGGCCAGAAGUAUGGCUGUGCCUAGGAAUUUGCGAAGGCAGCCUGCAAAUGGGUCCCUUGUGUCCCAUUGCACUCAUCACCACAUUGCUGUGUUCCUGCUUACCUUCUUCAGUUACUCCCUGCUCCAUGCUUCCAGAAAGACAUUCAGCAAUGUCAAGGUCAGCAUUUCCAGCCAAUGGACUCCUUCCGACAUAAAUACCACGGCCCUGGAGCUCCAGCCAUAUGAGCUCUGGAACAGUAGCCAUUUAUUUCCCAAUGCAGAAGAAGCCACUCUUUUCCUGGGGACGUUGGACACUAUCUUUCUCUUUUCUUAUGCUGUGGGUCUCUUUGUCAGUGGCAUAGUUGGGGAUCGCCUGAAUUUACGAUGGGUCUUGUCUUUCGGCAUGUGCUCCUCUGCUUUAGUGGAGUUUGUAUUCGGCACUCUCACAGAAUGGCUGCAUUUCUACAACAAAUGGUUCUACUGCUGCCUAUGGGUUGUGAAUGGCUUGCUGCAGUCCACUGGCUGGCCCUGUGUUGUUGCCAUCAUGGGCAACUGGUUUGGAAAAGCUGGGAGGGGUUUUGUUUUUGGACUCUGGAGUGCCUGUGCAUCAGUGGGGAACAUUCUGGGAGCAUUCCUUGCCUCCUGUGUUCUGCAGUAUGGCUAUGAGUAUGCCUUCCUGGUGACAGCAUCAGUACAGUUUGCUGGAGGAAUCAUUGUUUUCUUUGGACUUCUGAUUUCCCCGAAAGAAGUGGGCCUCCCUGAGCUUGGAGAAGAACAGGAGGGCAGUGCUGAAGAAGAUGCAAACAAACCCUUAAUCAGCAACGAUGAGGAUGAGGAUGAUCAAAAUUACUCUAUUCAAGCACCUGAUACUCGCAACCAGCCCAAGGCCAUUGGCUUUUUCCAAGCUUGUUGUCUACCAGGUGUUGUACUGUAUUCCCUGGCCUAUGCCUGCUUGAAACUAGUGAAUUACUCCUUCUUCUUCUGGCUGCCGUUCUACCUCAGCGAAAACUUUGGAUGGAAGGAGGCUGAAGCUGACCAGCUUUCAAUUUGGUAUGAUGUGGGAGGAAUUGUAGGUGGGACAAUCCAAGGCUUGAUUUCCGAUAUGCUACAGAAGCGAGCUCCAGUGCUAGCGAUCAGCUUGCUUCUGGCUAUAGGGUCUCUCUUUGGAUACAGUCGUUCUCCAAACAGCAAACCCAUCAACGCGUUCAUCAUGGCCAUUACAGGGUUUUUCAUUGGAGGCCCAUCUAACAUGAUCAGCUCUGCGAUUUCCGCUGACCUGGGACGUCAAGAAUUGGUCAGAGGGAACAGUGAGGCUCUGGCAACAGUCACUGGAAUUGUGGACGGAACUGGGAGCAUUGGAGCUGCGGUGGGCCAGUAUCUGGUUUCUUUGAUCCAGGACAAUCUGGGAUGGAUGUGGGUUUUCUAUUUCUUCAUUCUUAUGACAAGUUCAACAAUCCUAUUCAUCUCACCGUUACUAGUGAGGGAAAUUAGAUUGCUCCUGCAUGAGAGACACUUGUGUACGCGGACUGGGUGACUGCUGCUUCCCUUCAGAGGGACUGUCCAAGGAAAAUCAACAACUGAGAGACAAAUCAAAAUUCUGGGAGGUUUGUUUUUCUUUUCUCCCCCUCCUGCCCUGCAAGUUUGGACUAAUUCAGAAUGUGCCACAAGGUUUUGCAGACCAGCCUUGGAGAACUUGCUGUUGGAAUACCAAAUACCCAAAUGGAUUGAGGCCAUCUGCAACAUGGAGCUGCUGUUCCAAGAUAGAGGGAUUAAUCAGUUUGGCUCUAGUCCCACCGGAGCCUUUCAAGUCAGCAAGUGCACUCUUUCCUCCUGGUUUGUGGUCCCAUUGCUAUAACCUUUACUGAUUAUUUCUGGAUGUCCUGACAAGUGUCAGAUCUUUAAAACUGAAGAUGGAGAGUCAAUCUUACAGUGAAUGGUGAGACCUCAUUAUGCUGGGGAAACCGUACAGCCCACUUCGUGAAUAUUCUGAAGUUCUUUCUUGCUUUGGUUUAGAAGAAUGAGCAAAAAGUUUCUUUGGAAUCGGAUGCAUUUGUGCUGUCCAGGUGUCCUGAAAAUACCUUUGCUAAAUCUAUACACAGAUUAAUCUCUACUAUCCUUAGUUAAUAACCCUCUCAUAUACAGAUAAUUUCUCCAUCAGAAGCUAAGUCCAUGCUUGAUCUAUUUAUUGUUGUUGUUGCGAAACCCUGCGAUUUCUGAAUAUUUAAGUAGCCAAAUACUGUAGAAUAGGAGGAUAAUCUUUUAACACUAAUUUUCAAGGAUUGCAGUAAACUUUAUAGAUCUAACAGCGGCCAUUUAUAUGGCUUUGAGGAUUGGGACUGGGAUACAGAUUCUUUUACCAGUUGGCUGUCAGAUCAGUUGUGACCUGAAGUCGUUGUUCUCUGCAUUUGAUGGCUAUUUGGGUGACACUUCUGAAAGAAGCUGGUGUCAUCGGUCCUGUUCUCUGUGGACAGUUGUCCAUUUAUCCUUCCUUAGCACAGCAGACCCAGGAUUGAAUGAAGUGAGUCUGAACUAUUCCUCUGCCUUUAUAUGUGAUGCUUCUGGGUUAGGAUUGAGGCUCAUUAGUGAGGUAGUGUGAUGAAACUGACACGGCAUUGCCCAGGCUUUACUGACGUGAUGGACAGACAGAAACCUUCAGGCUCCAGGGCUUUCAGUCUGAUAACACAUUUAUUUUUCUUAUAAAAGCCAGAUACAAAGGCAUGUAAUUCUAGUCUAUGCUUAACACCAUUGCAUCUGAGCACCUUCCUGUAGUGCAUUAAGCAAGUUACUAACAUCUGUCACAUGGAUGGAAAAAUUCUUAGGUAACUGAGAAUUUGGGGGGAAAAAAAGGAACUUUUUAAAAUAGAAAAUGGCCUUUUUUUAAACUUAGUGUACAGUGAUUUUUUUUAAAUGUCUGAAUGUAAAUGUUUAAUCAUGUGAUUAAUGUGGGAAAUUGUUAGUGCCUUUAUUGUAUUGAAUUGUUGCUCAGACAUUGUUUGCUGAUCCUGCAGUGCCAACUGUUUUCACAGCUUCACUUACUGGGAAAACAUGGUUGCUCUAUUUCUUCUAUGGUUUCUGAAAGUCCUCCUCCUUUUUUGUCUGAGAUGUUUUUCUGCUUUUAGAUCUCUUCCUCUCUGCUUUUAGUUAACCUUCAGACAGUCCAGUGGUUGGGGAGAAGGCACAGUUAAUCAUAUAAGGGACCCAUGUUCUUGUCUCUUCCCACUCUUAUUCCAAUUUUUGCCAUUUUAAUUCGGGGUGGUCCUGAGGAGAUGCUGUUCGGGGACCUACCCUUGUGCCCUCAAUUCAUUGAGGCACUUAGCUUAGUAUUCAGAUCCCAAACCAGUCCUUAGUCCAUUUCUAAAUGGAAGUGGACUCCUUGAAAUUGGAAAUUGUUGGUGGCACUGUUUGCCCAGUUCUUGUGUCUGAGAAUGGAGGUUUUGGAUUCCAGGCUUUGGUUGACUGUCGAGGUGCCAAGUAAGUUCUGACGGAAAUGAAGAUUGCAGCCUUCAGAGCAAAUCACUUCAUGUCAAAUUGGUUGCAGACUCCAUCUGCACACUGAGCUGCAGAGCAUAUGCAACUGUUCAGAGGGUAUUUUGGAGACAGCAUAUUUAUUGCUAAUACUUGAUUGGCUGUGCAUUCCACCCAAAUCUUAAUAUAUUUAUUUUUACACUAGACCUUUUGGCUGGUGUAUUUCCUCAAGCAGCGGUGAUGAGAAAUGUUUUGAUUCUGAUAAUGUCAAAUCAAUGUCAUCUGAAUAAAUCAUUAUUUUUGGUGAA